AUUUUUUUUUUUUUUUCCUUUCUUUUAAAUACAUUCAUCUAUUUUUUUAAAAAAAGAAACAUGGAUAACGCUGUAUUCGAAACACUCUUACGAGUUGCCGAUAGUGAUGGUACGAUUCGUACUGCUGCUGAAAAUAGACUGAAAGAACUUGCUGUUCAACCUGAGUACCCCGUGAGUCUUGCAAGAAUUACUGUUUCUCAGCAAUUCACCAUUGCUCAACGUCAAAUAUCCUUUUAUAUAUAUAUAUAUUGCAAUACGACUAACCAUACACACACACACACACACACACUUAUUGCCCUUAACCCUUUUUUUUUUAUCUUUACUUGGCUGCAGUGACACUCAAGUUAUAUGUAACAAACCACUGGUCCAGCAAAAACGAUGAUAAAUUCAUCGGUCCUGAAGCACCACCCGAGUAAAAUCCGAGUGGUGAGUGCCUACGUUGUAUCCAAGAUUGCACAUGAUGAUUUCCCCGAGGAUUGGCCCAACCUAUUUGAUAUCUUGUUGAGCUAUUUGAAAGCCAACAACAAGGACAGUGUACACGGUGCGAUGCAUGUGCUUUUGGAAAUGGUCAAGAAGGAUAUCAGUAUUCAACAAUUACCUCAAGUUGGACCUGUUUUGAUUCCCGAGAUGUUUCGUAUUUUAACUUCAGACAGUGUUUAUUCAUUUAGUACGAGAGGAAGAGCUGUGAAUAUCUUUACUAGCUGUGUGGAGAUGUUAUCUACGUUACGUGAAGAAGAUCCUACUUUGGCAGACCAGUUCAUUGCUCCCAUCAUUCCUCAAUGGUUAGAAGCCUUUAUUGUGAUUUUGAACCAUCAUGUACAAGGUGACGCUGAAAAGGCGACGGAGGAAUAUGGAUUAAAGAUGAAGGUCGUCAAAUGUAUCUGUACCAUCAGUGCCGAAUUCCCUAAAUACAUCACAACCUCUUUACCUCAAAUCUUUGAACCGAUCUGGAUGGACCUUUAUAACUUACGAGAACGUUAUGUACAAGAAUUCGUCAGCGAUGCAGGUGAAUCCGGUGAGACCUUUCAAGAUUCAGAGGGAAACGAAAUUGGUUUCCAACAUUUAUUGUAUGUCCUCUUUGAUUUCGUAUCUACUGCAUGUACCAAAAAGACCGUGAAGCAUUUGUUUGUGAACCCAGAGGGAGCAGCCACCGGUUUCUUUGAACAGUUAUUGUAUGUCUAUAUUAUCUAUAUGCAAAUCACACAAGAACAAGAGGAAAUGUGGUCUUCCGAUGCCAACCAGUUUGUGGCGGAUGAAGAGGAUGGUACAUUUACGUUUAACGCACGUGUCGCCUCGAUCGAUGUGCUCUUGACCUUACAAGAUGCUUUCCCCGUCCCCUUUUUCAAUGCACUGACGGCCGCCAUCCAAAGUCACAUUGCCGAAUCCAACGAGGCACGUAACGCUGGUAACGGUGACUGGUGGAAAAUCCAAGAAUCCUGCUUAUUGUCCGUGGGUCGACUUUCCGACGAAUUGAUGGAAGCCUUGAACGAUGAAAAGAAACAAGUUCAAUUCGAUCUCAAGAGUUUAUUUGAUCAUGUGGUUCUCGAAGACAUGAAGGCAGCGGAAUUCCCUUUCUUGCAGGGCCGUGCCUUUGUCUUUGCCAGUGAGUUUGCCAAGAUUUUACCUGCUGAAAUGUCUAGCCAGUAUGUGGCUGUGGCUGUUCAUGCUUUACAGGCUCCCACCAGUGGUAUCCCCGUCAAGAUCUCUGCUCUUCGUGCUUUGGACAAUUACUGCAAGUACUUGAGUCCCGAAUAUGUCACUCCUUAUCAAGUGAAUAUCAUGGAAGGUACAUGUCAAUUGAUGCCCAUGGCGACGGAGGAAUCUUUAAUGUUGUUACUUGAAACAUUGGCUUCUGCCAUUAAGAUCAAUCAAGAGGUGACUGCAAAGUACGAGCAUAUCUUGACAAGUGCUAUCUUACAAGUCUGGCAAAAGUAUGCUUCGGAUUCCAUCAUUACCAGUUAUAUCUUGGAUAUCUUUGAGGAACUUGCUAAAAACACCUACUACUAUCCUUCCUUGUGUGCUACCGCCCUUCCUUUUAUCAAUCAAGUCUUUUCCACCACCAAUACCGAUCCCAUUGUUCACGCCUCGGCUGUGGAUUUACUUGGCGCCAUGAUCUUAUACGGACCUUCUCCAUUGCCCAAUGAAUUCACGGACCAAAUGUUCCCAGGAUUAAUGCAAUUAGCAUGGAGUGUUCCCGAUAUUGAUUUACUUCAAAGUGCACAAGAGUGCAUUAAACAGUUUAUUGUGAAGGAUUGUGAACAUGUGAUGCGAUGGCGUGACCCUUCAGGCAAGAGUGGAUUAGACUAUGUGAUUCAUUUCAUUGCCAAACUUCUGGAGCCUACGGGAUCGGAUUCGGAUGCGCUCUUUGUGGGUGAUUUGAUUGUGACCUUGAUUCAAAAAGUGGGACAUGGUAUUUCACCCGUGUUACCUGAUUUAUUAACGGCUGUGUUGCGUCGAUUGAUGAAUACGGAUUACCAGCCCUUUAUUCAAUCUUUGGUGAUGGUAUUUGCUCAUUUGGUGAUCUCUCAACAGGAGACGGUAUUACAGUUCUUGUGUAAUACGCAAAUCGGUGGUAAGAGCGGAUUAGAGAUCUUGAUGACGACCUGGUGUGAGAACUAUGAUAGUUUCUCAGGAUACUAUACGAUGAAGGUGAGCGCGAUUGCGUUAUCCAAGAUUUACUUGUCCAAUGACCCACGUUUGGCGAAUAUCACGGUGAAGGGAGAAAUUAUUGUGAAUCCCAAUGCAGGCAUUGUGACGCGAUCCAGAGCGAAACGUAACCCGGAUCAAUAUACGGCGAUUUCCUUGAACAGUAAGAUCAUCAAAUUGUUGGUGAGUGAUUUAUCCAACGCCUUCUUGACGGAAGGAAACCCCUUGGUGGAGGAUGCUGAAAGUGGAGAUGAAGAGGAAGGUGGUGAUUGGGAGGAUGUGGAAGACAGCGAUUUGUUCUCGAGUCGUAAUAAUAUUAACUUGUUAUCGGAUAUGUUGGGUCAAUUGGAUGAAAAUGAUGAUGAAGAGGAUAACCCGGAUUUGAAGAACGAUCCUAUCUAUCAAACAGAUAUGAAGGCUUAUUUAACUGACUUCUUUAGAAAUUGUCAUGCUCACAACAUUAAUAAUUUUAACGAGAUCUGUCAAAAUCAAUUGAAUAAUGAAGAAGCCAUGACUAUAGAAUGCGUUCUUCGUCAAUAAACAAUAGUAGUUGAAACAAACUAAUUUAUAUUUUUU